GGCCCUCUUUAACCACGAGACGCGCCGCACUCUCUGUGCCCCCCUCGAGCACGAGCGCGAGCGCCCGCGCUGCUCCGCCUCCGCACCACCGGCCGCUUCGCCGAGACUACCCCCGCCGUUCUCCGCGCCAGGAGGGAGGAACCACUGAUCGAGGGGGACCGCUAGCGCGCGCGCGCGCGCCGUCGUCGCCUCCGGCUCCCGGGGUUGUGGAAUGGCGGCGGCGGCGGCGGUUGCUACUGCUGCGGGGGGCGGUGGGGAGGAGGGGGAGGAGCUGCUCCUGCUCUCCGCCGUCGAGGCCGGUUCUGGCGAAGGCGGCGGGGGGGCCGCCUCCGCGGCGGAGAAGUCGUGGCGCCUUAACUUCGACGGCUUCCGCCCGCCGGAGGUGCAGCAGGAGAGGCCGCCCCGCGGGUUCCACCACCACUGCCUCGGCGUCCUGUCUCAAAGUCCUGAGGAUGUUGUUGCUGAAUACUACCAACAACAAGUGGAAAUGCUAGAGGGCUUUAAUGAAAUGGAUACACUUACUGAUCGUGGUUUUCUUCCAGGAAUGUCCAAGGAAGAGCGUGAAAAGAUUGCUAGGAGUGAGACGUUAGCCAUCCGGCUUUCGAACAUAGCAAACAUGGUUCUUUUUGCUGCAAAAGUAUAUGCUUCUGUGAGAAGCGGUUCACUUGCUAUUAUUGCUUCAACUUUGGAUUCCCUUCUUGACUUGUUGUCAGGAUUUAUCUUGUGGUUUACUGCCUUUUCUAUGCAAACACCCAAUCCCUACAGAUACCCUAUUGGUAAAAAGCGUAUGCAGCCGUUGGGAAUACUUGUCUUUGCCUCUGUUAUGGCGACACUUGGCCUUCAGAUCAUCCUAGAAUCAGUACGCUCAUUGGUGUCUGAUGGUGAUGAGUUCAGCUUGACAAAAGAGCAAGAAAAGUGGGUUGUGGACAUCAUGCUUGCAGUGACAUUAGUGAAACUUGCCCUUGUUCUAUAUUGCCGCACGUUCACAAACGAAAUAGUGAAGGCGUAUGCACAGGAUCAUUUUUUUGAUGUCAUCACAAAUAUGAUUGGUCUUGUGGCUGCACUGCUUGCAACUUAUAUCAAAGGUUGGAUCGACCCGGUUGGUGCAAUCAUCCUAGCAAUCUACACGAUCAGAACAUGGUCGAUGACAGUGCUUGAAAAUGUCCACUCCCUCGUUGGGCAAUCAGCUCCGCCAGAAUACCUUCAGAAGCUGACCUACCUUUGCUGGAACCAUCACAAGGCCGUGAGGCACAUCGACACGGUGCGGGCCUACACGUUUGGCUCCCAUUAUUUCGUUGAGGUGGACAUCGUGCUGCCGUCAAACAUGCCGCUGCAAGAGGCGCAUGACAUCGGCGAGGCCCUGCAAGAGAAGCUGGAACGCCUGCCUGAGAUCGAGCGAGCGUUCGUGCACCUCGACUACGAGUUCACCCAUCGGCCCGAGCAUGCUCUGUCGCAUGAAAAAUAGCCAGGCGCCGGUCGCAAGGCCGCAAACAGUGCUACUAUAGUACGGAUUACUAUACAGAUUUCUAGCUGAAAGCCUGAAACUAUUUAAGUUUAGCAGCAAUAGUUUCAGAAAUUUGUCACUCGUCAGGUACCACAGGAAACCUGCGGGUGUAUGAGAUUGAAUCCUGGAGUGGUGUGUGUGUGUGUGUGUGGUGGCAGUGUCCAAGGUAACGUAGAUUGUGACUUGUAACUACUUGUGGUAGACUAGCGUACUUGCUGUUAAAAGGAAAUCGAUACAAUCUAUAUCACUA